AAGCGGUCAAGCUUACUGGGUGACCUUGCCGAUAAAGUCACGCGCAACGAAAAGGUAAGGCUAAGUACAUGUUAAAUGUUCUUCCCUGUCGGUAAACCUGCCUUGUAAAAAUUAUACAGAUAUGUGUACAAUUAUAGAUGAACAAACUGAGUAUAGAACUACCCGAGUGUGACGGCAUGCUUUUACCAAGGGUGCAGCCAUUUCUAACAGACCCUGGUCAGAGACUGCGAACCAUCCGAGACUCCACAUUAGAUCCAACAGCGGUUUUGCUGACCACUUAUCCUAAAUCUGGCACACACUGGGUGUGGGAAAUCAUAUGUAUGCUUCUGGAAGGUAAGAGUGAGUAUAUUCCACAAUCGCGAGAGGCGUAUUACUUAGAGGGGUUGUCUGAUUCUGACCUCCAGGAAGUGAACCAAUCUAAAAAGAGGGCACUGAGCACGCACUUGCCAUACAGGUGGCUUCCCAAACGACAUGUUCAAAAUGGCGGGAAAAUUGUACACGUUAUACGUAAUCCCAAAGACGUAGCUGUAUCGCUGUAUUAUCAUCUGAAAUCAGGCGGAUUUGUGAAGGAAAUGGACAUUUGGGACUUCGUAAAACAGCGUUUUAUAAGCAAAGAGCCUCGUCUUUAUGGUGGGUGGUUCGAAUACGAAAAAGAAUUUGCUGUCAGGUCAGACAAGGUGUAUUCUCUUCAUUAUGAAAGAUUAAACAAGAACCCAACAACAGAGAUAAGGAAAUUAGCAGAGUACCUGCGGGUAAAUAUAUCGGAUGAUUUUCUUAGAGAUGUGUCGGAAAAAUGUAGCUUCCAGAACUUAAAAGAGGCAGAUAAAACUAUAAAAGCAGACGGGAUGUUAAAGAAAAUGGUGCAGAAAGCUGGAAGAACUGGAGUGCCGGAAAUAUAUCGCAAAGGCAAAAGCGGCACAUGGAAGGAGCACUUUACUGUAGCGGAGAAUGAACAGCUCGACCAGUACAUCGCAGAGGUUAUGCAGGAUGUGCAUUUAGAUAUAAACUUUGAAUAAUACAUGUAUAUUAAGUCAACUUUCUAUUUUGUAUUCCUUAUAGGAGUUAUGAGGUUGAUCACUGUUCGUUAUCUUCACCUUUGAUUGAAAGAUUUACAUUCUCCGGUUUUCUGUCUGUACAUAAUAAAACAUUCGCUGUUCCAA